AUGAUAAAACAUCCAGCUGAAUGUAAACGCGAAAGUUGCAAUGUAAAAUCUUUCAAACCUAAUAAUGAUGAUUAUGUCGAUGAUGUGAAUGUUACGAAAGAUCAGGAUUUAGUUCCAAAAGCUGCCUCACGGCGCAUAGAUAAUUCCACUGCUGACGAUGGUAUUGAUGAUGAUUCAAUAAAAACAACAGCGGGUACAAUAUCAAGUAAAGAUUUUAGAGAUUUUCGUGAAGAAAUAGAAUUGAAAGAUGAUCAUGAAAAUCGUCCCUUAUGA